AGAGGAUAUGUAUUCACUUGUUAAGGUCAGGUUAAAGAAUGGAUAUUCCAAAACAUGGGGAAAAAUGGAGAACGUGGAAAGGUUUAUUAAAGUCACGUGGAUAUGAUCCCAGCCUUACUAGUGACAAAAUUGUGACGCAACAUACUAAUAAUGACGAUAGAGUGAAUCCAACUCAAUUUAAAGAACUUGUUACUCGUUGGUUCACUCUGAAAUUUCAGACUACAUGCGCUGCAAAAAGAUUGAGCCGCUCAAAGAUGAAGGAGCCUCAUGUAACCGGGACAAAGUCGUUUGCUAGACUUGCUCAUGAAGUGGCAACGAAGAAUGAUGGUGUAUACCUGACCCGAGGAGAAAUGUGUAUAAUAACAACUCGCACUCAUAAAGACGAAAGUUUUGUUGAUGAUAAAGCAGCUAACGUUGUGGCUUCACUAAAAGCUAUUGCAAAUGACUCUGCAAGCAAACCCAUAGAUUCGCAUGAUUUUAUAAAUGAUGAAUACUCAAAAGUUAAAGGCACAGAGAAAAGAGGGUAUGUUCGAUUAGUUGGAAGAAUGCCAGCCAUAAAAAGUAACGAUGAUUCUUCGACUAAUUCACAUACUAUUCAUGAGCUACAGAGUGUUGUGAACGUUAUGAUGAACAUUAUCCAAGAACGUAUCCCCGAUGCAAACUUGCCUACAGUUCUUAGCAAUAUGAACAUACAGGUCCCUCGCGUUGGUUCUUCGGCUCCUAGCAACUCGUUACCUAGCAACGAAUUAUGAUCUUCAAGAAGUGACGAUAUUGAUGACAGAGCUCACAACAUGUGAAGCCUUGGAGGAAUAGAGAUAACAAGAUUAAUGAAUUGCUUGGAACUAAGUUUUUUUAGAGUAUGAUUUGUAUCGAAAGAACGUUUUGACUUCUUUUGUAGACAUUCAUUUGUUUGCUAAGAUUUACAGUAUGUUUUGGAUCCAACUUUUAGUUGAAAUUAUGACAUUAUUAUUUUUCUACA